AGAGGGAGGCAGAGGAGGGAGAGAGGCAGAGGGGGGAGAAAGAGAAGAGAGAGGCUUUCAGGCUUUCCAUUCGAGUAGGAGAGUUGAGCCGAGAGCUAGAGAAAGAAAGGAAGAAAAAAAUCCUCUCUGCGGUAGAAAGAGAAAAGAAACUUGGGCUGACAAGAGGGGGGUGUCGGGGGUGGAAGGAAGUGAGAAAACAAAAGAGAGAUAAAAGGGCCGCUUUUCUGCUCUCUUCCUCCGCGAGCCGGUUAGGAGGAGCUGUUUUGCAUCCCUUCACGUCAGCCCUGCCUCAUUCCCUUCUUCCAGGGAGGGAGAGCGCGAGCGCGGAGCGAGCGGGGGGAGCCGAGCGCGAGCGCGAGCGCCGAGCGAGCGAAGAGAAAGCGGCCGGAGGGAGCGGCGAGGCGGCGCGUGGAGGCGGCGCGGCGCGGCGCGGUGGGCGCCCCGGACCCCGGCCCGGCCCGCCGGGGCCCGCGCAGAGCCGCGCCCGGACCAGGUCAAGAAUUUUGCUGGAAGACAAUGUGAGUGGACAGUACAAUUAGCAUGUGAAUGCCUGACCCAAAGGAAAUGCUACAUAGUAAGCUCACAGUGAGGUGAGCGACCAGCGAUGCCCUCCUAGCCAGCCGCCGAGGAAUGGAGGGCUUCAUGGACUCAGGGACACAGACGGACGCCGUGGUGGUGCUGUCCUUGGCCCAGGCUGCAGUGCUGGGCCUGGUCUCAGAAAAUGAGCUCUUUGGAGCCACCAUAAGCGCCGAAGCCUUCUACCCAGACCUAGGGCCUGAGCUGUCCGGGGCAGCCAUCGGGGAACCCCGGCCACCCGGGCCCAGUGUCUACCAGCUGGCCUGCAAUGGACAGGCCUUGGAGGAGCCAGUGGAGGAGGAGGUGCUGGAGGUGGAGGCGGCCUUUGAGAAGCACACCCGGCGGAAGACACGGCCGCCCGUGCGACUGGUGCCCAAGGUGAAGUUUGAGAAGGCGGAGGAGGAGGAAGAGCAGGAGGUCUAUGAGGUCUCUGUGACUGGGGAUGACAAGGGUGCAGGACCCCCCGAGGCCCCUGCUGAGGUAGCCAGGGCUGGCUGCGAGGCCCUGGUGCAGAGCAGCGCUGUCAAGAUGAUCGACCUCAGCACCUUCAGCCGCAAGCCCCGGACUCUCCGGCACCUGCCUCGAGCCCCAAGGCCAGAGCUGGACGUGGCCCCCUAUGACCCUCACUUCCCAGACCCAGCCCGGGACAGCUUCUCUGAGCCCAGUGUGGCGCUGCCUGGGCCGGAGGCCUUGCCAGCAGAGUGUGGUUUUGAGCCACCUCACAUGGCCCCCCUGAGCGAUCCCAAGGUCCCCACCAUGACCUCCCCGGAACCUGUAAAGCCGGAGCAGGGCUUUGUGUGGCAGGAAGCGGGUGAGUUUGAGGUGGACGCUGCAGGCUCCACCGUGGAGCGCCACAAGAAGGCCCAGCUGGACCGGCUGGACAUCAACGUGCAGAUCGAUGACUCCUACCUGGUGGAGGCGGGCGACCGGCAGAAGCGCUGGCAGUGCCGCAUGUGUGAGAAGUCCUACACCUCCAAGUACAACCUGGUGACGCACAUCCUCGGCCACAACGGCAUCAAGCCCCACUCCUGCCCGCACUGCAGCAAGCUCUUCAAGCAGCCCAGCCACCUGCAGACACACCUGCUCACACACCAGGGUACGCGGCCCCACAAGUGCCAGGUGUGCCACAAGGCCUUCACGCAGACCAGCCACCUCAAGCGCCACAUGCUGCUGCACUCCGAGGUCAAGCCCUACAGCUGCCACUUCUGCGGCCGUGGUUUCGCCUACCCCAGUGAGCUCAAGGCCCAUGAGGUGAAGCACGAGAGUGGCCGCUGCCACGUCUGUGUUGAGUGCGGCCUGGACUUCUCCACCCUGACCCAGCUCAAGCGCCACCUGGCCUCCCACCAGGGCCCCACCCUCUACCAGUGCCUCGAGUGUGACAAGUCUUUCCACUACCGCAGCCAGCUGCAGAACCACAUGCUCAAGCACCAGAAUGUGCGGCCCUUCGUGUGCACCGAGUGCGGCAUGGAGUUCAGCCAGAUCCACCACCUUAAGCAGCACUCACUCACCCAUAAGGGCGUGAAGGAGUUCAAGUGCGAGGUGUGUGGCCGCGAGUUCACGCUGCAGGCCAACAUGAAGCGGCACAUGCUGAUCCACACCAGCGUCCGGCCCUACCAGUGCCACAUCUGCUUCAAGACCUUUGUGCAGAAGCAGACCCUCAAGACCCACAUGAUUGUACACUCACCUGUGAAGCCAUUCAAGUGCAAGGUGUGCGGCAAGUCCUUCAACCGCAUGUACAACCUGCUGGGCCACAUGCACCUGCACGCAGGCAGCAAGCCCUUCAAGUGCCCAUACUGCUCCAGCAAGUUCAACCUCAAGGGGAACCUGAGCCGCCACAUGAAGGUCAAGCACGGCGUCAUGGACAUCGGCCUGGACAGCCAAGACCCCAUAAUGGAGCUGGCUGGCCCUGACGCCUCUGAGCUUGAUGGCCAGCAGGAGCUGGAGGACUUUGAGGACAACGCCUACCCCUACGGCGGAGUGGACAGCAGUGCGGAGGGGGGUGCGCUGGCUGGGCAGGCCAUGAAGGAGAUGGCCUACUACAACGUGCUGUAGUGUAGCAGGUGGAGGUGGCAGGCAGCAGUGUGGGGUAAGGCCCGAGCUUCAGGCUACACUCCACAGCCCAGGCCAGGCCACUGCCCCAUAGCCUGGCCCGCGUCCCCCUAGUCCUCUGUACCACUAAGGACCUUUAGACCAAAUGGAGACUGUACUACUGGCCUCGCCGGAGCUGGGCAUCCUGGUGAGGGCAAGGUCACUGAGAGGCCCAGGCCGGGUCUCCCUGACCUGCUGCUGGGGGCGGGAAGGGGCAAGAUGCUGGCAGACAGGGCACAGGGCCACCUCAGGCCUGCAGAGCUGCCUCUGGGUCCUGACACUGCAGGGAGAGGUCCUCGAGCCGGGCCUCUUGUCUUCUGGACCAAUCCAGGGAUCUUUGAGCCACCUGCUGGCCAGCACUGCCCUCCUUACCCUCCCCGGCCCGAAGCCCCACUGCCCACCUGGCCACCCCUCCCAGUCACCAGACAGCCCGGCAGGGCCCUCUGCCUUCUACCUCGGGGCCUGCCUCACACCAAGUCCCGCCACCUCGUAGGGAAGUGGACGCUGCGCCUCCCACCACCCCGAGCCUGUCCUGCAGUCCUGUUUGGAAUAAGUGUCCCUAACGUGGAUUUCAGCAUGUCAUCCGGUUCUGAGCUGGGCUGGGUAACACACAGGUCUCCCACCAAACACACCAGGACGCCCUUGGGUCAGGCACACACAAACCAAGGUGUAGCAGGGCAGGGUGUGGUAUCCCUGGGGACCAGAGGGGUCCUGCUCAGGGAAGGCCAAGGCCCACCUGUGGGGAAAGAGGGGACCUUAGUCAUUGAAAUUGGGUUAGCCACAAGUUAGCAGGUUCCUGGGAAGGAGCAGUGUAUUUAAAAAGAAAAGUGAAAACCAUAGAGGAAAACAAAACAAUUUUUGAACAAAUGGGGGUAUUAUGAAGGUAAUUUAUUAUUUUUUCUUUGCAACUCUGUGUCGCCUGUUAUCCUUCUGGAUGAAGAUGCAUUUCUUUUUUCACACGUAAGCUUUCUUGUGUGCUGUGCGUGCUUCGUGCCUCCUCAGCCCAGGGCAGCCUGGCCGGGCUCUGGGGAUGCAGGCUCUCAGGCCUGGAGGUGCAGCUGAGAGAGCUGGGGCAGCCGCUGGGGACAGCUGGGGCCUCUGCCUGACAGCCCAGGCCACUCACCCACCCACUGCCACCCCCUCCCGGGGCAGUGGAACAGCACAUUCAGGAACUCCAGGUGCCCAACUCUGCCACUCGCCUCCCAGCCUCUGUGGGGAGGGGCAGGCAGGGCUGUCCCCACUGGCACAGGUGACACCUGGAGGGACACAGCUGGGCUGUCCCCAAGGCUGUAUCCCUCACUGAAGGACCAAGCCAGGCCUUAGGAUGAUGGAUAGACAGGGCUGGGGUAGACAUGGUCCCCCAAUUGUGGCUCCCCAGACCCCAAACCCCACCCCUCUCCGGCCUCCCAGGUGCCCGCCGAGAUGACCCUCAGGUGGCAGUGACUCCUGUGUCACUGUACAAGACAUUUUCUCCUGCUGAGCAGAAAGCAUCACCCCUGCAAACUACCUCUUCCCACAACGUCUUUCUCCCCUGGUACCAAAAAGAACCCUGUUCCUCCUCUCCCCUGCCAGCGCCUGGGUGUGUCCUGGAAGCUGGACCCUCCUCUCCACCCCUCUCCUCCGGCGCCCUGGCACUGCCCCCGCGAGGCUCCUACUUGAACGACCCUGCCCCGUGCCUCGGACCUAGGCACUGCAAAGGGAGCAGACAGCACACUCCAGUCUAGCGGGGCAGCCUUGGCCCAGCUCCGGCUGCACCCUCCUGGCCUCUCGGGUGACUUGCAGACUCCUGGACAGAUUCCAUUCUAACUUAUUUUCACGUGUAAACGGACCGACCAUUUAGAGACCCCACUUGUGCAAAACCCUACUGUGUUUUUAUGUUCCUGUUUAAGAGAGAAGUUUACUUAGCAAUAAUUAUAAAUAAAUGAAUAUUCUUUAGUGA